AUGAAGACAGACUCGAGCAGUAGCAGCAAGCGAUGGUUGAAUGAGCACGUCAACGACAAGUGGGUGAAGCAGGCACAGCAGGACGGUUGGCGCUCCAGGGCAGCAUACAAGAUCCUGCAGAUCCAGGAGAAGGACAGCAUCUUCAAGCCGGGACAACUUGUCCUUGACCUUGGCUCUGCUCCCGGCAGCUGGUCGCAGGUCGCGUCGAAGAGGGUGUUGCCGACGGGUCGUGUGAUCGCUACGGACAUCCUCGAGAUGCGCCCGCUCCCAGGUGUGGAGUUUGUGCAGGGAGACUUCACGGAGGACACGACGCGCGGGCAGCUGAGCGUCAUGCUCGCUGGGGCUCGAGCGGACGUGGUCCUUUCGGACAUGGCGCCGAAUCUAAGUGGCAAUGCGCUGCUGGAUCAGGGUCGAGCAUACAACCUUGUUUCCCUUGCUUUCUUCAUGAUGGAAGAAUGGCUGAAACGAGGGGGAAAGGCUGUAGUGAAAGUCUUCCGAGGAGAAGGAUAUGACGAAUGUUUGAACGAGAUGCGAGCUCGCUUCAACGAGGUGAAAGUUCGCAAACCUGAAGCAUCCCGAGGGCGCUCGACGGAGAUAUUCCUCGUUGGGAUAGGGUUCAAAGGGGCUGGAGAGAUUCAGGCGGGACUGGAGGAGGAGAAGGAGAAGGAGAUGGAGGAAGGGAACGUUCUUGCUGCUGACGACAAGCCAAAGGGCAAGAAGAAGAAGAAGUUGGACGAUCUCAUGGAUGGGAUUUACGGUGACAUGUGA